GUUAUAAAUAGACACCCAUUCAGCCAAAUUUUGGAACAUAACAUUCAGCCACUCAUCAUAAGAACACCAAAUCAGUGAAGAAGUGGCACAAACUACAAACAGUCACAAUGAGUUCUCCCAAGAGGGUUGCAGUGAUUACAGGGGCGAACAAAGGGAUCGGACUUGAGAUAUGCAGGCAACUGGCUGCAAAUGAUGUUCGGGUAAUAUUAACUGCUAGAGAUGUGGAGAGGGGCUUUGCGGCCGCUCGAAAGCUCCAGGACCUUGGACUACCUGAUGUGGUCUUUCAUCAGCUUGAUGUGGUCGACAAAGAGAGCAUCGAGUCUCUGAAAGAAUUCAUCCGGACCCAGUUCGGGAAGCUCGAUAUUCUGGUGAACAAUGCAGGUGUUGUUGGGUCCACAGUACUGAGGAGGGAGGGCUUGACUUAUGAAGAGGACGAAAUUAUAGGCACAAAAGCUAAAGCAUUGAGAGAAGUAAUUGAGCAGACUUAUGAAUCAACACAGAACUGUCUCAGCACAAACUACUACGGAAUCAAGCAGCUAACUACUGCACUGCUGCCCCUUCUUCAACUGUCAGAUUCCCCGAAAAUAGUUAAUGUCUCCUCCUCCUUCGGGCUGCUAAAGUAUAUCACCAACAAGAGAGCAAAGGAGGAACUCAGGGACAUCAAGAGCCUCACAGUGGAGAAAAUCGACUCCAUAGUAGAAGGGUUCCUAGAGGACUUUAAGGCCGGUAGAGUGGACUCAGAAGGGUGGCCGACCAAUUUCUCAGCAUACAUCGUCUCCAAGGUGGCCCUAAACGCCUACACGAGGGUUCUCGCAAAGGAGUAUCCACCAAUUGCAGUCAACUGCGUGCAUCCUGGAUAUGUAAGUACGGACCUUAACGGCAACACGGGAAUACUGAGCGUCCAGGAGGGGGCAAGAGGUCCUGUGAUGCUAGCUCUAAUGAAGGAAGGUGGACCCUCCGGGAUGUACUUUAAUGAGACUGAAGCAUCAAACUUUGAACAUUGAAGAUUGAUUUCUCGGUGAAGCAGGUCCACAGAGCAUCUAAAACUCGGGUUACAUGAAUUGAAGUCGCACUUCGGCUCUGCGGUAGAGACAGAUUAUUAUAGGAACUAUUUUUCUUUCAUACAAUUGUU